GGCGGGUUCCCAGCAGCACAGGGAUCUCGCUACCUAGCACAAAUCUGCGCGCUUCGCCCCUCUCCUCCGGGCCGGUAGGGGGCGCGCGGCGCGUCUCUGCCGCCUCACCUGCUGCGUCUGCGCCUGCGCCAUACUGGCCACCCAGCCGCAGCUCCCCUCCCCCAGGCGUCCGCUCUGCCUCGAGCCCCAACGCUCCGCCUCCGUUGCCCCUAGCGGCCGUUUGUUGACUUCCGGGAGCGCGAUAGUAGUCUAUGCCCAGAGCGUCGCUAUGGGGGCUUGGGGAGUUUAUGCGGCCCGCGUUGGAACUGAGGCGCUCCCUUAGGCUCUACCGAGUCAACCCCGCAAUCCUCCUGGCCCAGGCGCAGGCUUCCCUUACCGCCCUCGAGAUGGAGGAGACUGAGGAUCUUGUGCCCGAUUCAGGUGCCGUGUUUACAUUUGGAAAAACUAAAUUUGCUGAAAAUGUUCCCAGCAAAUUCUGGUUUAAAAGUGAUGAUACACCUAUAUAUCUUUCAUGUGGAGAUGAACAUACUGCUAUUGUUACAGGAAAUAAUAAACUUUACGUGUUUGGCAGUAACAACUGGGGUCAGUUAGGAUUAGGAUCAAAAACAGCCGUUAGCAAACCAACGUGUGUCAAAGCUCUAAAACCUGAAAAAGUGAGAAUUGCUGCCUGUGGAAGGAACCAUACCUUAAUUUCAACAGAAGAAGGCACUGUAUAUGCAGCUGGAGGAAAUAAUGAGGGACAGUUGGGACUUGGUGACACAGAAGAAAGGGACACUUUUCAACUGAUUAGUUUUUUUGCAUCCCAGGCUAAGAUUAAACAGCUCUCUGCUGGAUCUAAUACUUCAGCUGCACUAACUGAGGAUGGACAACUUUUUAUGUGGGGUGACAAUUCUGAAGGGCAAAUUGGUUUAAAAGAUAUACCUAAUGUAUGUGUCCCUCAUCAAGUGACCAUUGGGAAACCUAUCUCCUGGAUCUCGUGUGGAUAUUACCAUUCAGCUUUUGUAACAAUGGAUGGUGAACUGUACACAUUUGGAGAACCCGAAUGUGGGAAAUUAGGUCUUCCCAGUCAGCUGCUGACCAAUCACAGAACACCCCAACUGGUGUCUGGAAUUCCCGAGAAGGUGAUCCAAGUAGCUUGUGGUGGAGGGCACACCGUGGUUCUCACAGAGAAAGCUGUGUAUACCUUUGGGCUGGGACAGUUUGGUCAGCUGGGUCUUGGCACUUUUCUUUUUGAAACUUUAGAACCCAAAGUCAUUGAGCAUGAAAAUAUUAAGGAUCAAAAAAUAAGUUAUAUUUCCUGUGGAGAAAGUCAUACAGCUUUGAUAACAGAUGUAGGCCUUAUGUAUACUUUUGGAGAUGGUCGACAUGGAAAAUUAGGACUUGGACUGGAGAAUUUUACCAAUCAGUUCGUUCCCACUUUGUGUUCUAAUUUUUUGAGGUUUAUUGUUCAGUUGGUUGCUUGUGGUGGAUGUCACAUGCUAGUCUUUGCUACUCCUCGACUUGGUGUGGCAGAAGGAAUUGAAUUAGAUGAAGGAAAUGAUUCUUUAUAUGCAUCAACUUUUCUGCCCACUGGCAAUCUGACCUCAGGAAACACACUGGAUAGAACUCUAUCAGCACGUGUGCGGCGACGAGAGAGGGAGAAAUCCCCAGAUUCUAUUCACACUGUGCGAACACUACCUCCAAUAGAAGGGACUGCUACUGCACCAGCUUUUUUCCCCCUUAAUUCAGACCUUUUCCAUUUAUCUAUGAGUAACCUGCCAGACAAAACCAAAUCUGAAAAGGAGGACUCCUUGCCACCAAUGGAGCCAGAUAAAAUGAUCAAAGGCAAAGAGAUAGAAAAUUCUUCAGGAGAGGAUUCAGAAAGCCUUGGAGAAACUACUGAUGUCUUAAAUAUGACACAUAUGAUGAGCUGGAAUUCCAAUGACAAGUCAUUAAGAUUAUCACCAAUUCAAAAACAAAAGAAACAAGAAACAAUUGAGAAAUCGAUGCAGCAUACAGCUGAUACUGAAACUGAUGAUAGUAAUGAAUAUGAAGAGAUGUCAAAAAUGAAAGAAAGGAAAGCAUAUGAACAACAUGUGGCAAAAGGGAUAUUCAUGAUGCAAGCGGCUGCGACCAUGGAAACAUUUUCAGAUGAGGAAGUAGGGAUUCCAGAAGAGCAGAAAGGAGCAGAGGAUUCAGAAGGAGGCGAAUUAGAGGAGCAAGAGGUAGAGGCACAUGAGGAGAAUGUGGAGGUGCAUGAAGGAAGAGAGGAGGAAUCAGAGAACCUUUCAGAUGACCUUACAGACAAAGCAGAGGUGAGUGAAGGCGAAGGAGAGUCAGGGGGAGAGGCAGAGGACUGGCCUGAGCCUGGAGGGGAUGGAAUCUGUGAGGGGAGUAGAUCAGGAGUGGAGCAACAGCAAAGGGAUAAGGGGGAGGAGCAGGGUGAGAUGGACAAGGGAGGAGGGGAAAUGGAGAGCCUGGGUAAGGGAGAGAAGAGCCUAGAAGAUGAAAAGGAAUGGGAGAAGAAAGAUGAGGAAGAACAGGAGAAAAAGGAGAGGGAGCAAGGCCAUCAGGAAGAAAGAAACCAAGAGAUGGAUGAAGGAGAAGGGGAAGAACAAGGAGAAGGGGAAGAACAAGGAGAAGGGGAAGAACAAAGAGAGGGGGAAGAGCAAGGAGAGGGGGAAGAAGAGGAGGAAGAGGAAGAAGAGGAAGAGGAGGAGGGAGAAGAGAAAGAAGAAGGAGAAGGGGAAGAAGAGGAGGGAGGCAGAGAAGAGAAGGAAGGGAAAGAAGAAGAAGAGGAGGAAGAAGCAGAAGGACAGGCUGAAAAGGAAGGAGAGGAGGAGGAAGGAGAAGGGGGAAAGGAAGAAGCAGAGGUGGAAGGGCAGGAAGGAAAGGGAGAACAAGAAGUAGAGGAGGGGGAAGGAGAGGAAGAAGAGGAGGAAGGAGAGGGGGAAGGGGAAGAAGGAGAGGGAGAAGGGGAAGAAGGAGAGGGGGAAGGGGAAGAAGGAGAGGGAGAAGGGGAAGAAGGAGAGGAGGAAGGGGAAGAAGGAGAGGGGGAAGAAGAACGGGAGGAACAAGAGGGGGAAGAGGAAGGAGAGGAAGAGGAGGAAGAAGAAGAGAGGGAAAGGGAGGAAGAAGAAGAGAGGGAAGGAGAAGAAGGAGAAGGGGAGGAGGAGGAAGGAGAGUGGGGAGGGGAUGAAGGAGAAGGGGAGGAAGAAGAAAGAGACAGAGGAGGGGAGGAAGGAGAGGGAGGAGAGGAGGAAGGAGAGGGAGGAGGGGAGGAAGAGGGCUGGGAGGAAGAAGGAGAGGAGGAGGAGGAGGAGGAAAGGGAAAGGGUAGGAAACAGGAAGAAUGGAGAAGAGGAAGAAGAAGAAGUAGACAAUGAGGAAGAAGAGGGAAAAUACCAGGUCAUAGAUGAGGAAGAGAAUGAAAGGCAGGAAAGGCAAGGUAAAGAAGAGGAGUCAAAAAAAGUAAGCAAAAUAAAAGGAUCUAUGAAAUAUGACAAGCAUAGAACAUAUCAAAAGAAGUCAAUUACUGACACAGGAGGAGAGGGGAAAGAGCAGAGGGUCAAAGUGCCAGCACAAUCAAAACAACAUUUAAAAAAUGGGCCAUCAGGUUCCAAAAGAUUCUGGAAUAAUGUAUUACCACAUUAUUUGGAAUUGAAGUAACAAUCUUUAAAUUAGCUGAUUAUGGCCAGCUAAUUAAUUUGAACACCUUGCACAUAAUAGACCCUCAUUACAUUUUAUUAAAUUA